CUCACAUGUAACGUAUCAGUUUGGACCCACUAAACAAACAGCAAUGUUCUCCAAAAUCCUCGCUUUGUGCGCCUUUGUGGCGGCAGCCCGGGCUGGUCUUAUUGCCGAGCCCCACUACUCCCACGCUGGAGCCAUUUCGUCUCAAAGCAUCGUUCGUCACGAUGAGCAGCCCCAUCACGCCGCCAAGCUGACCGCCGCUCCCGUCGCUAAGCUGGCCAUCGCCGCCCCCGUCGCCUACCAUGCCGCUCCCGCUCCCAUCGCCUACCACGCCGCCCCCGCGCCCCUGGCUUACCACGCUGCUCCUGCCCAGGCUCACUACUCCUCUGCCGGCGCUGUUUCCUCCCAGAGCAUCUUCCGCCACGACGAGCAGCCCCAUCAUGCUACCAAGCUGAUCGCCGCUCCCGUCGCUAAACUCGCCGUGGCUGCCCCCGUCGCCUACCACGCCGCUCCCGCGCACUACGCUGCCAGUCCCGUCCAUUACGCCGCCCCUAUCGCUAAGGUGCUCGCGCCCGCCCCCAAGCUGAUCGUCUCUGCCCACCAUCACGAAGAGGAAUACGCUCACCCCAAAUACGAGUACUCUUACUCCGUGGCUGAUGGACACACCGGCGACAACAAGUCCCAGCAUGAGUCCCGCGAUGGCGACGCCGUGCACGGCGAGUACUCGCUGCUGGAGGCCGACGGCUCCGUGCGCAAGGUGCAGUACUCCGCUGACGACCACAACGGCUUCAACGCGGUGGUGAGCCACUCCGCGCCCGCGCACGCCGCGCACGCGCCCGCUCCCCUCGCCUACCACGAGUUAGUGGUGGGCGAGAAGAGCGGGCGCGUGCGCGGCGUGCGCGGGCGCGGAGUGGCUCACCACCGCGUUGAAGCCGUUGUGGUCGUCGGCGGAGUACUGCACAUUACGCACGGAGCUGUCGGCCUCCAGCAGCGAGUACUCGCCGUGCACGGCGUCGCCAUCGCGGGACUCAUGCUGGGACUUGUUGUCGCCGACGAUCAGCUUGGGGGCGGGCGCGAGCACCUUAGCGAUAGGGGCGGCGUAAUGGACGGGACUGGCAGCGUAGUGCGCGGGAGCGGCGUGGUAGGCGACGGGGGCAGCCACGGCGAGUUUAGCGACGGGAGCGGCGAUCAGCUUGGUGGCAUGAUGGGGCUGCUCGUCGUGGCGAACGAUGCUCUGGGAGGACACAGCACCGGCAGAGGAGUAGUGAGCCUGGGCAGGAGCAGCGUGGUAAGCGACGUGGGCGGGGGCGGCGUGGUAGGCAAUGGGAGCGGGAGCGGCGUGGUAGGCAACGGGAGCGGCUAUCAGCUUGGCGGAGUGAUGGGGCUGCUCAUCGCUGACUUGCACCAUUUGGGGAUUUUCCAUCAACUUCAGCAGCAACUGGAUCAGCAGCAACUAGAUCAGCAGAAACUGGAUCAGCAGCAACUGCAUCAGCAGCCUAAGUACAUCGCCCCAACAACUACGACUGAAAAUCCGAAACUUUCUCAUGUACUAAAUCUUGGCGUCAGAAUUAUACCAAAGCAGGGGAUCCCCUUCAUCACAAUACCGCACGAGCUAAGCAGAAAUACGCCAUUCCAACCGAUUCCGCGUAUAGCUUAUCAUAACAAGUUUAAUGUCGUGUCGGAGAAGCUGGGAGGACCCCAAGCGCACAUACGCUAUCACUUGAAUAAUCCGAAUAAGCAUUUAAUGUUUGUAGACGAGAACGUUUUGAAAUGUAUCAUUCACUGUUUAUACACGACAGAGAAAGCUCACAAAAUGUUCUCCAAAUUAGUGGCCCUUUGCGCGUUCGUGGCUGUCUCCCAGGCUGGUCUCUUGCCUGAGCCCCACUACUCCCACGCCGAAGCCGUCUCAUCCCAAAGCAUCGUGCGUCACGAUGAGCAGCCCCAUCACUCCACCAAGCUGAUCGCUGCUCCCGUUGCCAAGCUGGCUGUCGCCGCCCCCGUGGCCUACCACGCCGCCCCCGCACCCGUUGUCUACCACCACGCUGCUCCCGCUCCCAUCGCCUACCACGCUGCAACCGCCGUCCACUACGCCGCUCCCAUCGCUAAAGUCGUCGCUCACCACGAAGAAGAAAUCGCGUACCCCAAAUACGAGUACACUUACUCCGUGGCUGAUGGACACACCGGCGACAACAAGUCUCAGCAGGAGACCCGCGACGGAGAUGUCGUGAAGGGCUCUUACUCUUUCCACGAGGCUGACGGCUCCAUCCGCACCGUGGAGUACACCGCUGACGACCACAACGGCUUCAACGCGGUGGUGCACAACACCGCCCCCACGCACGCGCCCGCCGUUCUCAAGGCCGCUCCCGUCCUCGUCAAGGCUGCGCCCGUCUACUACCACCACUAAACUGUUAUUCUGAUAUAGGAAAUGUUAUUUAUUGUAAAUAUAGAUACUUGAGAAUGAUAAACGAAUAAAACUAUUUUUAAACCUAAA